UGAGUUCCUGUCUCUCUCCCUACCUGUACCUUCUGACUUGAGUGUGUCUAGCUUCCAGGAUGAAGGCGACCAUUUAUUAGAGGCCACUUAGAGCAACCUGAAGACAGUUGGAGCUCCAGAAGACAUAUGAUGGCCUUCUUAUUGUCAUUUGGGGGAAUAUAAGAGUCAAGAAUAGUUGUUCAAGGGACAAGAGAGAGAAAACGCAUGUCCUUUCCUCUAUCCAACUCCAUAUCAGAAAUGGAACCAACUAAGGUCCUCAGCAAUGAUAGUGGCAGGAACUGCACCAUAGAAAACUUCAAGAAGGAAUUUUACCCUGUCAUAUACCUGAUAAUAUUUGUCUGGGGAGCCUUGGGAAAUGGCUUUUCCAUAUACGUCUUCCUGCAGACUUACAAGAAGUCCACAUCUGUGAAUGUUUUCAUGCUCAACCUGGCCAUUUCAGAUUUCCUGUUUAUAAGCACCCUGCCCUUCAGGGCUGACUAUUAUAUCAGAGGGUCCAAUUGGAUAUUUGGGGAUCUGGCCUGCAGAAUUAUGUCUUAUUCCUUAUAUGUCAACAUGUACACUAGCAUUUAUUUCCUAACUGUGCUGAGUGUUGUGCGUUUCCUGGCCACUGUCCACCCCUUACAACUGCUCCAUGUCACCAGUGUCAAGAGUGCCUGGGUCCUCUGUGGGAUCAUAUGGGUUUUUAUCAUGGCUUCCUCAGCGAUGCUUCUGAAUAAUGGCCAUGAGAAGAAGAACAACAUUAUAUCGUGCCUGGAGCUGAAUCCUCAAAAGUUUAAUAAUCUACUGAUCAUGAACCACAUUGCAUUAGUGGUAGGCUUCCUGCUUCCCUUUAUCAUACUCACCAUCUGCUACCUAUUGAUCAUCCGGGUCUUGUUAAAGGUGGAGAUUCCAGAAUCGGGUCUUCGGGCUUCUCACAGGAAGGCGUUGAUCACCAUCAUCAUUGCCAUGAUCAUCUUCCUCCUCUGUUUCCUGCCUUACCAUGCACUGAGGACCCUCCACUUGGUCACAUGGAAUGCAGAUUCAUGUGGAGACAAGUUACAUAAGGCCAUGGUCAUCACACUGGCCUUGGCUGCAACCAAUAGCUGCUUCAAUCCCUUUCUUUACUACUUUGCUGGGGAGAAUUUCAAAGAUCGAUUAAGGGAUGUAUUCAGCAAAGAUAACCUACAGAAAGCAAAGGCAAAGUGUGGCCUUCCCUUUUGUGCAUAGCUGAAGAACCGACUUAGAGUUCAGGGAGCAGUUAUGCAUGUGUGCGCCUGAAUCUUGGUGUCUACCUUCAUUCAUUCAUUGUCUCCAAAUUACUUUGUAUUUGUGUCAUAACCAACAAGUGUUGGUUCCCAACAUUCAAUUGACCACAAUUGUUGCUAAUAAAGCCUAUUUCAGAAAUUUCAUUAGAUGUAUGUUUAGUAGUUGGGCUAAAUGAGAAAUGUAGGCAAACUAUUUUUACUGGAAUCUUGCAUGCUGAAAUGUGACACUGGGAAAAAUUGUGAAGCACAGUAAGCUAUGCUUUGCAUCAGAUCCUAUGCUAGGUCUCUUAGCCAGGCAGUCUAAAUUCCUAACUUUAGGGCAUCCUCAAGCACCCCAGUUUCUCCAGAUCCUUUUCCUAUUAAAGCCCCUGAGACACAGCCAAACCUACUGGGAGCCUCCAUGCGGUCUAGAGAACAUCCUAAGAACUCAGAGCAGACUUUAUUGAAGAGGAAGACUGCCCUGUAACAAAGCAAGU